CUUCCGGGCGAGAUGCCAGGGAGACGGCCGCGCGCGGCGCGGCGGGAGGCGAUGGCGGCGGCGCGGCCCAGCCUCUCCGAGGAGGCGGUGGUUAACGGCUUCGUCCUGCACUUCUACUUCCACCAGGCCGUGUCGGCGUAUCGCGCCGGGCGGAACCGCGACUUUCGACAGCUCCGCGACGUCAUGCAGGCCCUUCUUAUGCGGCCCCUGGAGAAGGAGCCUGCGGUAUCCCGGAUGCUGCGCAUAAUGCAAUUCCUGUCACGUAUUGAGGAAGGCGAGAAUCUUGAUUGCACCUUUGAUAAAGAGUCCGAGCUCACCCCUCUGGAAUCGGCCAUCGGUAUCCUGGAGCUCAUUCAGAAGGAAUUUGAUGUGGCUGAGAAGACAGUGGAAACUGUUCAGAAAAUGUUGAAGGAAGCUGCUGUUAUUGUCUGCAUCAAAAGCAGAGAAUUUGAUAAAGCUUCAAAAAUUGUCAAGAGGCAGAUGGGGAAGGACCUCAAAGUCCAGAAAAAGAGGAAUGAGUUGCUGGCCAUCAUCCGGGAGAAAAAUUUCAGUCAUUCAACAGUCAAAAACUUCUCCUACAAGAACUUCCAGCAGAGCAUGUUUCAGUUCAUGAAGAGCUAUGUGGAUGAAUCGGAGCCACUGCUGCGAACGCUAAUAAAAAAGACAUCGAAUUCAGAACAUGACAAAGACCCAAAAUAUUUGUCGGUGACUUCUGAGUCUGCAAGUGGCCCAGAGGACCCGGCGGCUGUUCUAGAGCUCUCGGGACCACCAAAAGGCCCAGCAGAAGCUCCAGAGCCUGCAGAAACAGUAGAAGACCCAGAGGGAGCUCCCAACACUCCAGCAAGGGCAGACGACCCCACAGCAGCUCCUGAGUUUAUGGAAGGAGCUAGGGACUCUGCAGCAGGUGCCGAGCCCAUGGAAGAAGAGACUGACCCAGCAGCAACGCCUGAACAUAUAAUGGCAACGGUUAAUAGCUUGGAAGAUGCUUCAGAACCAAUGGAAAUGUCUAAAGAACCACCAGCAGCAGCUCCAAAACUUCCAGCAGUGUCCUGCAGGGACUCAGAAAGGCAUCCCUCUGGAACUGUAACCGCAUAUGGGAUUUCUGUUCUGAGAGAAGCUUUCAAGAUCCUGUCGGACUCCCAGGAUUCUGAUGCACUCUUCACCAAACUGGACGAAACAGACUUUUCUUUCCCCAAGCAACUGUCUCCUUCUGUAUCCCACAGAACCAAGAGACGGAAAGAAGAGGAGAAUCAGGAUUCUGAGAUCUCAGACCCUCCUGAAAUAUGUCGUAAGGGCAAACGCUUGUUGACCAUAAGCAAACUGGUCAUGGAGCGAGACAGUCCGUGCAGCGAGUCAAGUGACAGCCCAGACUCUUCCCAGGAACCAGUUGUAUCUUCUGCUUCCAGACCUGCUCAGAAAUUGCAUGACCAGCCUGUAUCUACUAAGAGUACCAAGUCCUUCCAAGGAAGGUGGAACAGCUCAUAUGGCAGAGAAGAAAAAGAGUGUUGGAGUGAGGAGGAUGAGCUCUUCUCAGAUGCAGCAUCACUUGUUUCAAACAACCCCAGUGCUACAGUCUUCGGUUCCAAGAAACAGAAAUGGACAGUACAGGAGAGCCAGUGGAUCAAAGAGGGCGUGAAGAAGUUUGGAGAAGGGAGAUGGAAGGCCAUUUGCCAGAAAUACCCCUUCCAGAACCGCACGUCGGUGAUGAUCAAGGACCGUUGGCGGACCAUGAAAAAGCUGGGAAUCCUCUAAAGCUGAGAGACACAGGACUUUAGGUGCAAAAACCUUAUUUUUCUUUUGAAAGAUGGACCAGAGCAAUGGUAGCAGGGAGGCUGCUGUGCUCCUUUCCAAUGGGUAUUCUGGGUGGCGUGGUGAACCCCUGUGGCUCCUGGUACUCGAGACUACUACAGUGGAUGGAAACCACAUCUGGCAAGCACUGAGGAGCCUUGUGUUUUGAGGGGUACCUGCAAGGUUUAGGUCUGCUGCAAGUGUUAGGGCUUGAGUAGUUGGCAGAAGCAGCAAAGCCUGGCUGCACACACUCGCAAACGGUCUGGAUUGGUACUUUAUUUUCCACCUGAACAACUGCAGCCUUUGUAGAAUAAAUCCCAACCUGAUGGGCUGCUGAAAUGACAGUUUUCUCUGCUCAGAUGCUGUCAAGUGGUGGGAUAAUCCCAUCAGUGGCUAUUUUUAUGCAUUUUAAUUGUCUAAACUACGAAUCACUUGUUUGAUCUUGUUUGUUUGCCUCGAUCUCCCUCAAGGGAUUGAGCACAGCACAUAGUCCCAGUGCUCCUGGGGAAAAGAAGAGAUUUGGGCAAUGUGAUCGGCUUUGAUUUAUUAUUUUUUUUCCCCACAUUCCUGUCUGCUUUGUACAGGGCUAGUCUGCGAGUGGGAAUUUAUCUUUGUCGGCUUUGAGGCUUUAAAAACAUUGUAUUUUUGUUUCAGUGCUUAGCUGUUAGUUGUUCCCAUGUUAAAAGUCUCAGCGCUUACUGAUUUUUGGUCAUGUCUUGCUGGCACUUCUCCUUUCUGCCAACGUCCCCCUCCUGUGUGCGGUCCCUGCAAGCGUGUGAGCUCUGGAUGUGCCACAUAUUUCUUGCCUUCAGGUGCCAAGGCUGAAGUCCAUGUCUGAGUGGUCUUGUGUAAAAUAAAGUUCCUUUGUUGUUGGAUAUCAGGAGCUGUAAUAGGUGAACUUGUGUCUCACAGGUGGAAAUGCAGCAGUUUUGGGAUGCUGCCUGCUUGCUGGGAGCACACACCAACUCAGGAAUGUGGGGGAUCCCUGUCCACCCCCUGAGCUGGUUGGUGCUGGGGGUGUUGUGUCAGCAGCUUUUUGGGGUGCAACAGCGAUGCCUAGGUUUGAGGUGCUGCCACAUUGGCAUAGGUGUGAAACUGAACCUUCUGAGCAAAUUUCUGUUGAAGUCAAAGGGCAAGGGAGGUGUGGGGGCAUUUUUACCUCUCUUGG